AUGGAAAUGACUCAGAAAGAAAUUGCCAGGAUCGAUACUGAGCACCGUGAUCAAAGCAAGGCCUACAAACGAGUGACAAUACAGCAGCAGGACGCUUUGCGAGACUUUUUGAAAACGCUCGUAGGAGAGGUGAAGGAGGCUGGUGCUUCCAUCCAAGCCGCGUCUAGCCCGGACAAUCCAACUCCUUCCCCUUGGCGCCAGGACAUCUCUGAGCUUCAAAGCCAGCUCAAGACUUUACAAGACGCCAUGAAGGAACGUGAGAAAACCGCUCAAGACAGCAUUCAGCAGCUAAACGCGAACAUUGGUCUGCUUUCGACCCAGUGCCAGGCCCUCGAGGGGAAAAAUGAUGCUCUUCAGGAUGAACAAAAGAUUCUGCAGCAGAAGUACGAGAACGUCAUCAAAAUCAAUGCAGAACUACAAGAGGAGCAGAAAACUACCAAGGCGGAAUGGGCAAAAGUUCAGAAUACCAUCACCGAACAACGGACACUGACCAGCGCUCCAGGCGUGCACCAAGAACAGCAAGAACUACGACAGAAGGUGCGCGAAUCUGAAUCCUCAAUUGCGAAAAUGGGCAUUGAAUUUGGUGCAGCGGUGGCUUCCUGGCAAAGGCUCGAAGCUCGUGUCGCAAAACUGGAAGCCAAGGAUAAUUAUGAUACGAUCUCCAUGGGCAACCUCAUCGAUAGCAAGCUCAACAAGGCAGAACUAGACGAAACUAGGGAGCGGCUCGAAGCAAGGCUCGAAAGCCAGCACACGACAACCCAAGAGCGUCUCACUAAAACAACCACCGCCUUGCACACGUUGGAAGCAAAGGCUACCAAAGAGAGGGCCGAAUUGGAAUCCAAAUAUAGCCUUGUACAGCAGAGCUAUCUUCAAGCAGAAACCAAGUUAGGCGAGCUUAACUCACGGCUCCCACCUGCAGCCGAGCUAGCCAAUCCAGAGGGCUCCGGACUGCCAGAUGACGCCGUGCAAUCUCUACACGAGGUGAUGGCCAAAGUCCAGGAGCAUGAGACCAAGCUUAGCGAUUUUAAUCCUCAAGAGUUUGAUACCAUAUUUUGGGCCUAUCAGCAAAUUGUCAAAGAGGUCAAGGGGAAGCUAACGGGUCUCGAGAAUGCGGAUCAAAACUUGGACAACCCGGUUGAGCAUACUGAGCAGCCUCGGAACCACGCUGUAACUGCCACCGCGGACGAGGCUUCAAGGGUCGCAAGCAACGUGAAUGGCACCGAUCUGUUAACAGUGGUUAAGAACCUCCAAACACAAACUGUUCGUCGCGUCGGGGACUGGGUCGACGAGCUUAGAGGUUCUGUAUCACAGGUGGAGAACAGAGUCGGCAAACUGGAGCAGCAGUCUUGCUCAAAUACAGCCAAAGAGAGCACCGAAGCGCCCAGUGCCGAGUCUAUCCAGAGCCCAGUCCCAAAGAGCCGACCGCAGCCUAGCCUUGACGACACCGAGGCUCGGCAACGUGGUGCCACUGAAGAUAAGCUCUCGCAGUUGGCAGCACUCAUUACCCAGUCGGAUGUGCAAAUUAGGGAGAUUCAGGCGGCCAUGGCAGUCAGGGACGACUCUCAGCUUGGCGAGCGAACCGCGGUGACAACCGCUAUAGGUGAAAUGGCCAUGGAUUUCAAGACUGAGUUAAUGAAGGUGGUGAAGGAAGUUCAUGAACUGAAAGCCUCGAUUGGGCGCCUGGAUACCGGACUCUCUGGGCUCGAGGCCAGGAUAGCUGAGCUUGACCCAGAACAGGUAGAAGACACGAGGAAACUGGCCAAUGAGCUUUUCAGCCAGGCUCGUACGACUGACGGGCAGCUUCAGAGUAUUAACGGUAGGAUCGCCGGUCUUCAACAGUUCUCGUCCACGCUCCAAAGCCAGUACCAUAACAUCAAUACCGAAGCCCUGUGCGAACGGAUGAUGCAGCAUCUUCGUCGUGAACUACCCAACGACAGUGUCGCCACGCUUCGUCAGCAUGGCGCCCAGAUCAGCCAGAUCCUUAGCCGCUUGAGCGAGGAGUCUGAGCCCAAGAGAAAGCGAAUCAUUUCAACAUCCACUGGACCGCCAACCCCGAAUGCGCAGCAGCCCCUCAACACACAAUCUCCGCAAGUGCAGGGUCACGCCUUGCCAAGCUUACGGGGUUCCGUCGUGCCGAUGCCUAGCGCACAAGCGAGCUACGCGCAAACUGUACCUCCCCAUUCUUUGGCUGUACAAGCUCGAAACACCCAGGGCGUUGUCGUGCAAGCCCCUAACGCGCAAGGCCAAGGGGACACCCCCAGCACGUCAACCGCGCCACCUGAUAUGACGGGGUAUCUCUCUAGGCUUGAUAAUAACCCUUGUGCUGUGUACUGUAUCCUAGAAUACCUGCGCGCUACUUUCCCUUUUACUCUAUUUUAG